GGAAGAUUUUCCUCAUCAUGUGCUUCAUGUGUUGUUUUUUAUUACAUUAAAUUUUCGAUAAACAAAUAAAUAUGGACGCAUGCGGCAACCCAAUUCCUGGAUCAUCAAAAGAGUUUAUAAAUAUAGAAACUGCUGAAUCUGCUUAUGACUUUACAUGGUUGGAAAAUGAGCUCAAUAAUGGUGAUGCUAACGAAGAUUUAAGAACUCCAAAAAGUAUAGUUAAAAGUUUGAAUAAAAAUGACAGUUUUAAAUUUGAACAAAUUGAAACAAAUCCUAAUAUUCAAGAUUUUUUUGAAGAAAUUAAUUGCAUAGACUUUAAUCAAGAUAUUGUACAAAGUAAUUAUACUCUAACAGAGUUAUUAGAACAAUGUAACAAAUUUAUUGAUAUUUUGGGCCGUAAUAUAGUUUAUUUAGAAGAAAUGAUUAUUGAAAUUAAUAAAAAUAUUGAAAUUUCAAAUAGAAAUGUAACCAAGGCUCUUAGUUGUAUAAAAUUUGAAAAAAAAUAUAUAUCUAAAGUUACAAUGAAACAUAUGAAAAUUAAAGCACACCUAGCAAACUUUUUUAAAAUUGGUUUAUUGAAUUGUCCACGGAAUCCUCAUCUUAUGGAGUUAUAUGAAACUGAAAGAUUAAUAUUAUCUUACAAUGGACGUUUUAUAUUAGAAGAAUGUGUUGAAAAAAAUCAAUGGAACCAAGAGUUUAAAAAUAAAUUAGAAAAAGCAAUACAUGCUGAAGUAUUGAACAAACUAAAAAUUCCUAUGCUUGAACAGCAUUUGCGUCUUGGUAUAGAUCGACACAAACAAGUUGAUCCAAUUAUGAAACAUAAAAUUGAAAUUGAAAUGUUAGAUCUAGAAAAAGAGUUAGAUAUUAUAUCUAAAACACCAUUUAAGCAAUUAGUGCUUCAGUUUAUGGACUCAGAUGCAAAGUAUGAUUGGUUACAUAUUGCAAAAGAAGUUGAUAAACCAGAUUUACAAUGUCAAAGGUUUUGGAAUUUAAUUUUAAAACCUCAUAUAUCUAGAGCUAGAUGGACUAAAAGUGAGGAUGACCGUUUAAUUGAAAUUGUUGCAAAAAAUGAGGAAAAAAAUUGGCAAAAAAUAGCUGAUGAAUUAGCUACUAACCGAAAUGAGUUGCAAUGUUUUGUUCAUUAUCAAAAAUAUAAGAAAAUGUUACAUACAAAAGGUAAAUGGUCAAAACAAGAAGAUCUGAAACUUAUAGAUAUAAUUAAAGAAAACUCCGUGGAUAAUAUCAUUAAUUGGCAAAGAGUGUAUUUUGCUAUGCAAGAUAAUAAGAGAACUGUUGAUCAAAUCUAUAUCAGAUGGAUGCAAAGUUUGAAACCAGGCAUUAAGAAAGGGUUUCUAACUGAGAGUGAAAAAUUUAUUAUUAAAGAAGCUAAAAUCAAAAAUUUACCCCCAUCAAUAGUAUCAAUGAAUCUAACUAAUCGAACACCUGCGCAAGUUCGUAAUGCUUAUCGUAGAAUUGUAUUAUAUGAUGAAGACAUUUAUAGAGGUGGUUGGACAAUUGAAGAAGAUAAAAUGUUAAUAAUUGCUGUUAAUUCCUAUGCACCUAAUGAAUUUACUUGGACACAAGUAUCUCAACAGGUGCCUGGGCGUAAUGCAGAACAAUGUCGUCAUAGAUUCAAAUUAAUUGAAAAAAAAUUAAAACUUAACCCAAAAUUGACUGUUGAAGACAUUCCACGCCCGAUCCGAUCUUAUAGAUCCAAAUUAUCCUUUUUUCCAGAAGAUGAAUUAAAUGGAGAUUUACAGGAAAAAUUUAAACACAAUCGCAAAUUGCUUAAAACAUCUAAUAUACCGUUGGAAACAAAUGCUGAUCGCAAGUUAAAGAAAGCAUACUUGGAAAAUAAGUUUGUUAUUAACAAUUGCAAUUUGUCUAGUAAAUGUGAUCUCUACAGGCAUGUACUUGAUUACUUGGGAGCUAAUUUGGUUGUACCUAAAACUUUUGCCCAUAAAGAUGAUUUGAUUGAUGAUGGACUUAUGAGUAUGAUGGCUUAUAUAUCAGAAGAGUGUCCCAUUAAUACAAUGCCAUUAAAUCCCAGUAAUGUUGAGCAUGAUUUGUAUGAACCACUAUUAACCCACGAAGGAGUUCACAAUGUUUUAAGAACAAGUGAUAUUAUCAAUUCUGAUCUAAGUGAAAUAGAAGGUUUAUUAGACAUUAGAAUAAGGAAUUUUCAAAAUAAGCAACCAAAAGAACGUAUUAAUACAAAUAGUACUAUUAAAAAAAAAAAAGAUUCGCUAUUACCUCUACAGUCCAUUGGUUCUGUACCACCAAAUCAUGAGACAUUUAAAAUGUUGUAUACAUAUAUGAAUUCUUUAACUUCUAGUAUGAAAAUCGAUCACUGUAAAGAUUCAAGUAUGCAUUUUGAUUGGGAUGACAAAGAAUCAAAAAAAUUACAUAAACGCCUUGUCGCCAUGUUAAGGUUACCAGUAUUAUUUUCUAGUUUGGUACCGUAUAAUACACCAAACAUAAAUAUAUUCGUAAAUACUGAAGAAGUUAAUAAAGAAAAGGUAAAAAUAGAACCAUCUUCAAAUUAUUCUGAAAUUUCUAGAAAUACAUACUCUAAAAAUAAAAAAUAUAAUUUCAAUUUAAAAAAUAUUUUAUAAAAAUUAUGUUCUCAGAUUUUAUUAAAGAUAA